GUAGGGGAGAGAAGUUAGAAAAGACGAAAGAGUAGUGUCCCGUGUCUGGGGAGCCUCGUGGUCGACGCACAUGUUGAAUUUAUUUACCAUUACAGCAUUUACACAGCAUGGGUGAGAAAACAGAGACAAAAUUUGUUCAGAAAAGAAAAGCAACUGAAAAGAAUGACGAGAUAUCACAAAAAAGAAAAAAGAAGAAGAUGCAAGGAAAUGAGAAAGAAGUUCCAACAGCUGAAGAAAUGAGGGAGUUAAAGAAUGCUGGGAGAAAUGCUCAUACAAACCUCUGUCAAAUGCAGAUGGCUGCAUUACUUGCUGAAGUUCGCAUGAAAAAGAAGCAACAUGCACAGAUGAUGGAGGCUGUUGAAAAAAUCAAGAACAUUUUUCUACAGCUUUCCGCUGAGGAUACUGAGUUUCCUUUGCCAGUAGAUGUUUUUCAAAGUGGCAGCAUUCCCCUCAACGCCUGUGUUCAACCUACAAAGGCUGCAGAUGUGGUUCUUGUGAUGCCCAAGAAGCACAUUUAUAACAAAGACUACCGGAACCAUCAAUAUCUUCAUAAACGACUGCAGUAUUUAACUGCUGUGGCAGGACAUCUGAAAGAGGUUGCAGCAGACAUCAAGCUGACUUAUAGAGCAGGAAAUCCUUUUCAUCCCAUCCUUGUGGUCAAUGUGCCAGUCUCAGGGAGCAAGGCCCUGGUGGUCAUUCAUCUUCAUGUAAUUCCUGAGCAAGGGGCAUUUAAACCUGGUCGAUUUCACCUGUCCAAAAACAACAUCCGUCCUUGCUGGUUUUCUAGUGGUCUUAAGGAGUCAAGUUUAUUUGCAGCAGAUUAUGGGGAUACUCUGCCUCCUACACCUUAUUACAACACCAGCAUCCUACAGGAUGUAUGUUUCAAGACUAAUGCUGAAUACAUAACGCAACAGCUUAGUGAUUCAUCAUCACUUCAGGAUGGUCUUGCACUGUUUAAGAUGUGGCUGUACCAGAGACAGCUGGAUAAGGGUUUUGGUUCCUUCAAUGGUUUUGUAGCAACUAUGUACGUCUGUUACCUGCUGUCUCAGAAGGUGCUUAACCACAGCAUGAACAGCUAUCAGGUCCUGCGUCACACACUUACUAGUCUCAGUAUGUCCACAUGGGAAGACAUUCCCAUGACACUGUGUUCAGAAACAGGCCUAGCUGGACAGCCUUCCAUGGAAGAGUUUCAGCAGACAUUUGACAUUGUCUUUGUGGAUGUAACAGGAUUCACAAACAUCUGCCUGGGAAUGACCAGUUCUUUCUAUAAAAGGGUACGCCAUGAAGCAGUCAUUGCUGUCCAGUGUUUUAGCAGUGAAUUUACCAAUACCUUUGACCUUCUAUUGAUGUCUCCCAUCACAUUUGUACAAAAGUUUGACUCCAUCUUCCACAUGGAGUGCAACAAGGAAGUUGUGGCUGCUGUUAUCAAAAAGUGUCAACUUUCCCAGCAUAUGCUUGAUCUUGGCGAUCAUGUGAUCUUAGCAGUCAUCCCAACUUUGCUUCAGCUCAUGACCAAGGGUCUGGGUGAGCGAGUUGAGUUAGUGCAAGUGCAGCCCCACUCACCACCAGAGUGGUCUGUGUUUGAAGACCCACCCACUGCUGUUACUGAUUCUAUCUUGACCUUUGGUCUCCUGCUGAGAGAGGCUAAGGCCCUGAACAUUGUGGACAGAGGGCCUAAUGCCAGUUCUGAAGAGGCUGUCAAGUUUCGUCAGUUUUGGGGUGAAAAAUCUGAACUGCGACGUUUUAAAGAUGGAAGUUCCAUCAUAGAGGCAGUAAAAUGGGCUACAUCUACAUCUUUAAAGAAGAGGAGAGCUGUCUGUAACCAUAUUGUAUCAUAUGUUCUCCACAAGCAUGCAGAUAUUAACCCCAAAUGGAUCCACCAUGUAGGACAUCAAGUGGAGCGGGUGCUGUACAUCCCACGUUGUGUUGUAGCCAUUAUUAAGAGAGGACAAGGCAGCACAGAGCCAGAGAAAAAAAAACUUUCAACAUUUGACUUCAACUAUGGGACAGGGGAGGAAUGGCAUUAUCAUCUACGCAAAUCUUUAGAGGAGCUGGGUCAGAUGUUGAGAACAUUGCCUAAUCUCCCCUUGUCAAUCAAUGCAGUAUCCGGCAUUUCUCCUGUGUGUCGCUUUACUGAGGUCUUUCCACCUUGUCCAGCACCUCCUGACCUUACACGCCUGUCAUUACAAUCCUCAGAUCCAAGAUGGGUUCCCUGGUAUACUCCUUCAGUGACAGUGAUCUGCAAGUUGGAGGGAAGUGGCAAAUGGCCAGAGGACUUAGAGGCCAUUUGCCGGCUGAAAGCUGCGUACUAUGUGAAGUUGGGGCAGAUACUUGCUGCUUGUCAUCAAUUGAUGGUAGAUGUUUCUCCGACACACCUUGAUGUUUUAAAGGAUGGCUUUGUGUUUCGUUUGAAAUUGGGACUCACACGAGAAAUUGGAGUGCUACGCCUAAUGCAGAAUCAUGAUGGCAUGUCACGGAUGGAAGACACACCUGAAGCGCUAGCAUUGGAGGCUGAAAUUACAACACUACCUCAUCUCACAGGGUGGCUUCAAGGCAUUCAGCAGAGUCACCAGUCCUUCUGCGCUGUUGUACGCUUGGUGAAGCGGUGGGUCUCAGCUCAAUUGUUGCUUUGCCACAUACCUGAACUGACUGUGGAGAAGACUGUGGCACAGUUAUAUACACAGCCCCUGCCUUUCACUCCACCUGUAUCCCCAGUUACUGGACUGUUGCGUUAUCUUAGGCUUGUGUCCAGAGAUGAUUACAGAUUGGAGAAUUUUACAGAAAAGGCCUGGCCAGUUCCCCUUGCUGUCAUCAGCAAUCGUCUGCAUUUGGUAGCACAAGCAUCUCUGGCCACACUGCAGGACCAGAUGGUAAAAUGCCAGGCAGACUGGAAGGUAAUAUUUCGGCCGCCACUGGAAGGGUAUGAUGUUGUUGUACACUUGAGUCAAGAGCUUUUGCCUCGCCAUUAUCAAGCUAUUGAUUCUGAGAAAAAUAUCUCAGCACUGAAACAGAAGUACAGAUAUCUGUCCAAGAGGCAACAAGAUGCUGAUACCAUGCCUAUGCUGGACUUUGAUCCUGCAUCCCUCUUGAUAGAAGAGCUUAAGUCUGCAUAUGGAGAGAUGGGACUGAUAUUUCAUGAUCAGUUUGGGGGAGAUGUCAUUGGUAUUCUCUGGAAACCGGGAGUAAUGGAGGAGAAAGAAUUCAAGGUGCCUAAUAUGACUGCCAGAAAGCCUGCAAUUUCUGAGUCUUCAGACAUUGCAUUGACACUCAACCUUGAAGCCAUAGCAGAUGAUAUCCGAGUUCUGGGAGGAGACCUUGUUUCAAGAGUGGAUGUCAAAGUCAAGAACAGGUGCUCAUGAAUGUGAUCUGCUUGGUCACUAUUUGGACUUUAAUAUCUCAUGCAGCCUUGGAAAGAUGGCAAUCAUUUUGUGGGUUGUAUGCAUUUUUGCACCAGGUGUAUAUAUAUCAGCUGCAAUAUAACAACUUUCAAUGUCCAUCAGUAGUUUUACCUACAGUAACCAUGUCUAGCUUUUAAUGACUAAAGAAAAUAAACAGAACAGCUAUGUAGAGAUAUUAAGUUGUUUUUUCUUUUACCUGAGAAUGUGAACUCCUUUGCAGAUCAGACUGUUGCUGCAGGCAGCACAAUGUUAAGUCAUAUUUUUUGCUAUACUAAUGACCCAGCAUUGUACAUUUCAUCGUAACUGCCCUAUUUGCAGCAUUGAUGUUUUAUGUAAGAAUGUUUCUGAAUAUUUGUAACACCACAUUGCAUCUUGUGUGUUCCCCUCUCCUCACUUGCUACUGUAGCCGGACUGAAGAUGUUCCUCGCUCAGGCUAACACUGCGGCCCCUAGCGCCAAAUCAGUCCCUUCCUCUUUGGUGUUCCAGGGAAUGGGACGGAAGUUCCCGAGGAGAAUUUUCUGCUAAAAUUUCUGGCUCUCAUUCGUCUGGUGCGUUGUCUAAUCUAUGCCUUCUGUUGUGUUUUUUUUUCCCAUUUACUACACACCCGCACUCAGCCUGCCUUGGAAUCCACAAUAGACCCUGCCUUUUCCCAGACAAAAGUGUUUUCUUCAGUGCAUCCUUCAACCCCAUGUGUAUUCUCUGCUGUGUCACAAUCUCAGACAACACAAAUCUUUUUUGGUCAGUAGUACAUGUUUACCUCAUUCACAUGACAAGGACAUACCUAUGACACGAUAGCAUUCGUUCAGACUGACACACACGGGUAAAUAAGUUCAAAGACAUAGAUUUAUUUAAACAUGCAACUACUGUAUUCUAACCUACCUAGUCUACUGAAACCUAGCACAUAGCUUCCUGUGAUGGGGAAAGAGGGUGCUUAGUGACGCAAGCUGCUUUCCAGUGGGACCAAAGCACCUUGUGGCAAAAUGGUACUGCUCGCGUACUCAGGGUGCUUUUACUUAGAGGGAAUGGUUGAGUGACGCGAGCCGCUUUCCAGUGGGGUAAAUGUACAUGAGGACAGGGCUGCAGAUAUUUUCUUAACGACCAGUUUGACACACAAUGCCUUUGACUUGUUGCCACAAUCUUGUCAUGCAUUUAAGAUUGUGGCACAUGAAGCCUUGUGAAUUUUUGUGAAUGAAAUGUUUGGUGUGAAUGGCAUGGUGAUUAAAAGAUGUAUUACCUACAGAA